GAAAGAGGGGAAAGCAAACAAUUUUCAGGCCCGCCGCGUCCAGCAAAAAAUAUGAGAAAAAAAUUAUUAAAAAUUCGGAAAAUAGUUGAAAGUCAAGAAAAAGACCGUAGAAAGGAUGUUAAGGCUCCCGCGAUUCUCAACCAUGGGAAGUAUUAUGGUCUUGUCAUCUUCAAGUAUAUUUAGAUGAGCACAUCAAAGAAGAGUGACUUUUUCUUCCAUCAGGUCUCUCUGUGCUCACAGUGUUGAUCACAUGAAACUGGAGAGUGUUCCCAAAGCACAAACAUUUACGAUAUCUGGGCAGAACAUAAUUGUCCAACUUGUAGGCCUGCCUUAGGCUGCAAUGGCCACGGUAAUACCUGGGGAUUUAGAAGAAGUUAAGGAUACCCAGAGGGUCCUGUCAGCAACAGGGAAGCGUAAGAGAAGUGAAGGCAAGCCCAGGAAAAAUUUCCCCUGCCAGCUGUGUGAGAAGGCCUUUAACAGUGUUGAGAAAUUGAAGGUCCACUCUUACUCACACACCGGCGAGCGCCCGUACCGGUGUACACACCAAGACUGCAGCAAGGCCUUUGUUUCUAAAUACAAGCUGCUAAGGCAUAUGGCUACUCAUUCUCCAGAGAAAACCCACAAGUGUAAUUAUUGUGAGAAAAUGUUCCAUCGCAAGGACCACCUAAAGAAUCACCUUCACACACAUGAUCCAAACAAAGAGGCGUUCACCUGUGAAGAAUGCGGCAAGAACUACAACACAAAGCUGGGCUUCAAGCGCCACCUGGCCUUACACGCUGCCAACAAUGGCGACCUCACCUGCAAGGUCUGCCAGCAGACGUUUGCCAGCACUGGCGUGCUACUGGAGCACCUGAAGACUCACGCUGGGAAGUCUUCAGGUGGGACCAAAGAGAAGAAGCACCAGUGCGAGCACUGCGACCGCCGCUUCUACACCCGCAAGGACGUUCGAAGGCACAUGGUCGUGCACACUGGGAGGAAGGACUUCCUCUGCCAGUACUGCGCACAGAGGUUUGGCCGCAAGGACCAUCUCACCCGACACAUGAAGAAAAGCCACACGCAAGAACUACUAAAAGUCAAAACGGAGCCCAUGGAUCUUUUGGACCCGUUCUCCUGUAACAUAACUGUGCCAGUCAAAGACGAAUUGCAUUCGAUGAUGUCAAUAUCUUCCAGUGAGCUUGCCUCCAAGCCAUUUGCCAAUACUUUGCAGCUGAACAUCUUCAACACCCAGAUCCAGUCCAUGCAGAGCAGUGGACCUACACACCAAAUGGUCUCCACGACCCUGCCUUUAGGGAUGACCUGUCCCCUAGACAUGGACUCGACUGUCCACCCCUCCCACCAAUUCUCUUUAAAAUACCAGCUUGGUUCUACCUCGUAUGCUCUUUCCAUGCCGGAAAAAGAACAGCCAUUAAAGGGAGAAAUAGAAAGCUAUCUAAUGGAACUACAAAGCAAUAUGCCGUCCUCAUCAGAGGACACACCGAUCACUGCUUCAAAACUAGAUUUAGAGCCCCAAGUAGGUCUUGACGAGACGUCGGAGGAUGUCUCUCUCCCAAAAAUCUCGGGCGUUGCCUCGGCCAGUGAAUCCCUUCACUCCUCCUCCUUAGACUUCUCCCAGCUGUUUAACUUCCUCCCUUUGAAUGGGCCCCCAUACAGCCAGUCUGUUCCAGGGGGAGGCCUUGGAAUCGGCUACGCCCAAGAGGAAGCACUCUCUCUCCCUCAGCUCCCUCCACAGUCCCAGGAGCCCCAGGACCCAGGAAGUGGGGUGUGUGUCAGCCCCCUCCACGGGCUGUCCUCAUCGUUCGCAUCCAACCUAAACUCCACGACCACCCUGCCUCGCUUUCAUCAAGCUUUUCAGUAACAGUCUGAGGCUCUGCCACAAAAUGUAUGUAUCUGCCAAAUUUUUUGAAGCCAGUAACAUAUUCCGUCUACACAAAUGUACAUCACACAUAUUACGUAUAUGUAUGUGUAUUCACAUAUAUAUACAGAAACAUACCUAUUUAUAUUUAAAUGUCUGUAAACAUAUAUUGAUAUUUGGAUAUCUAUGUCAAUAUAUAUCUAAAUAUGUAUUGAUACAUAUAGGGAUAAAUUGUUCAAAACUAACAGGAGUGUGGUUUGGCUCUACCACAUAACACAACCCAUAGAUAUUGUUUAAUAUUUUCCUUUCAGUUCAGUAUUAAAUUUAAUAAUCAUUUGCGGCUACCACGAUCACUUUCAUAAAAAGGACACACCUGUUAAGAUAUGACUCCUACAAUCAAAUUUUUUUUAUUUUUUUUGUUAAAUAGGAUUUUGGAUUUGGAGAGGUAUGUUUAAAUAGUUAUAUUUAGGAAUGCGGUUGCAGUGAUAUUUUAGCACAACUCAACCUCCCUACCUUAUAGCAGUUUGUUUAGUAUGUAGAUUUUUUUAAACAAUGUUUUCAGAUAGCACUUUGAACUUGUAGUGGAUCUCUAAAUCCCAUUACAUCUGUUGAUUUUAAAUGUUGUAGGUAAAAGAUAAGCUUUUAAAAACCAUGAGGUACUGAAAAGAGUAAGCCCCAUGUGAUGUUAACAUUUGCUAGGCCUCUUCAAAACCAAAACCAACCAAAAAAUGUAUUUAAGAGCCAAGUAGAAUGUUCUGUUUUGUCUGAUUUGUUUUAUUUGAUGCUGCUGCUCCAUACCCUCUCAAACACUUAAAAUACGACACUAAGUAAAGAUAUUGUUGCUCUGCUUACUUUCAAUACGUAUAAAGGGACUAGACAUAACUUUAAAAAGUUAAAAAAGGCAAAAACUCUCGUUUUACAGCACUGCAAGUACAAGUAGUGUUUUUUGGGUGGACCAUCUAUAUUCAACAGGGAAUUAGUCACGACUGAGCUCUUAAGCAUGGGGGAAUUUCCCUUUGAUCAUUGAAUCAGGUGUGCUGCAGAUUUUGCCAUUGGAAUUUAAGGAAGUGACCUGUAUUGAAGUCAGGACGGCUGCCAUUAAUCAAUAUAUACAAGUGUAUUCACGUAUUCAGUGUGAAGAAGGUAGGCCCAUCCCCUUGCAGGAAACCAUAAUAUUUUGCUAGUCCGAUAUGUUUUCGAAAUAAGCGGUUGUUGGCAAAUAUCUGGACUCUAUAAAUCAUGUUUGUGUAUGCAUUUUUUUUUGUGAGCGUGUAUAUGUUAAUUUACAUCUUUGUUUGUUUUUAGCUGAAGGUUUUAAAUGUGCAGUGGAGUUGUGAUUUAUCCCACUUAAACAUUUUUCUGGGAGAAUGUGCAGGAGGUUGCAAAAAUGUGGUUUGGCCUGUCUACAGCUAUUAUUUUACUCUGUAUUAGUUCUUACCUGUGUGAGUGUUUGUGUGAAUGAAGGAAAUUUGUGCUUGCAUAUGCAUAAAUGGUGAUGAUGAAGUUGGCUUAUUGUUAUAAUGUAUGUCUAUAAAGUGUGAUGUUUGGGUAAGAUAAUUAUCGCAGCUAUGAGAAGUGGCAGUCCUUAGAUUUUGUCACUUGACUACUGCAGUAAGAGAGGGAGAUGUCACGGCAUUAACUCAUAAAUAGUUUAAUCAUUGAAUUACUGGAAUGAAAUGAAUGUUGUGAUAUGGCUAAAAUAAGGCGAUCUACUGUGAAAACACCAUGCCGUUAUUGUUUACCUGAUCUUACGCUGGCAAAACACCAUUUUACGUAUAUAAGGCUGUAGAGGGAAAAGGGUAUAUGGGGGAGGGGGGGGGGGUGGGCUGAUGUGAUGUUAUAGAUUACAAUAAAUACAAAGAUGUCAGACAUCUAUGUAUUAAAAUAUGAGCAUAAAAGCACUUUUAUAUUUUAAGAUUUUAUAUUUUUUAAACAUUAUACAAAUUGUUUGUAUUGACUUAAUGUAACAAAGAAUGUUAACUGUAAUUCUCUAUGCUUCUAUAUUAUAAUAUCUAUCUGUAAAUUGAAUUGGGCUACCCAGAAGGUUGAUUCUCUAUGGUUUGGGUCAUCCAUGACUCCAGACUGCCAAUUAUCAGUUAUUCCUGUGAAGAAUAGCAAAGCUCUGAUUGGCAUGCCACCGUGAAACAGUAAGAUCCUGUAUUGCUAGAAUGAUAACCCAUCAUCACCACAGAUUCAUUGCUUAAAGGAGGCUCUGACUUGCGUAUAAUAAAAAGGCCAACUUUAUGAUCAUUGGAUACAGCAGUGCUGUUAAUUACAAAUUGCUCAGUGACCGAAAUGCUAACUGGUCUUGUUUUCUGUCAAGGUAUCUUAACCAAAAAUGACCAGGUUUGAUGGCAGAAUGGCAGAGAGAGAGGUUUUGCUAAAUAAGGGGGGGGGGACAUGGAGUGUUGUCAGUCGUUCCUUGUUGCAUUCUGUCCCAGCUUAAUUAGUAUUUAAUUUUUGUACCUUGUCCCAAUCUUAAAAUAUAACUUUUUUCAUGAAUUAUACAACUUUUGUCUAAGCUUAUCAGUUUAGAUGUUAAAUGAAAAAGAAGACUGCCUUUACUGUUUAAUUUUUUCAGGAUUAACAUAAAGGCAUGAGCAUUGAAGAGCCCCCAUAUUUCUAAAAUAAGAUGCACAGUUGGUAGAGUGUAAUAUGGGAUGAGGAUAUGACCAUGUAUAUAGAUCUUUUUUGUAAGAAAGUCACAUGGCCAGAAAAAAAGGAGAAAUAUGUUAGGUAUAUUGUAUAGUGUAUGCUUUAUUUAUCAGGUAGUUGCUCUGAUAUCAACAGUCAAAUCCCUGCAAAUUAUGAAAAAUGAAGAUAGACAUUUUAAUAUGUUCUAACAAGUGUUCAGGAUCACAAUCUAUAUCUGUGGUCACUUACAGGGUUUUGUAUUUUGUAUAUUCAAUUUAUCCUAACUAGAAUAUAAGGACUUUCAACAGGCACUGAAAAAUGCAUUUUUUUAUUCUAAUGGAUAAUUACAUCUACUUUCAAACAUAAAAUACUGCUUGAUUAAGAAACAAAUGUCAUUCCAGUGCUUUUCUGUGCAAGAUACUGUAACUGAGGAAUGUUGUAGAACAGAUUCUGCCAUCUGACAGUUUUAAUGAAACUAUGAGGUCAAACUGGUUAACUGAGUUUUUCUGAGGAUUGAUCACCUUGAAUUUACUGUAAUGCUAGAGAAAUUAGUACAUUUGUCAAAACAUACUUCUGAAUGAACACUAAAUCAUAGAGCACUGUCUGUGUGCAUAUGUGUGUGUGUGUGUGUGUGUGUGUGUGUGUGUGUCUGUGCGAAUGCUUGUGAAUCUUUGUGAUUCUAUUGCUACAGCACCUCAGAAUAUGUGUUGCCUGUAGAAUUGCAUUUUUAUUAUCAAAAAUACUGUGCAAGAAACUUGCUACUUUGAAUGAAUACAGUGGAAUCUUUUUCUUUUUUGUGAUUGGUCCAAAUUCAACUUGUCAUAGAAUUCUGUUUUUCAAAAAGCAUUGACAACUCUUUUACAAAACCCUUUGAUGUUGUACACAGUCUCUCUAAAUGUUUAGCUUCUGUAGUUUGAAUUUGGUACUCAUAGUUCAUUGUUUUGUGGUGCAGUCUUUUCCCUUAGUUCUGUUUAUGCUGUUUGCCAGUGUCCAAUGGCCUCAUACAGUAUAAAGGGAGACUGUUUUGUACAUUGUCUGUAAAGGAAGGACCUCAGACACAACUCUGAACCUCAUUCACUUCAGUGUAGUGCCACCAAUCAAAAGCAAUCGGUUUGUGCUUCUAGCAUUUUUACCCAAGUACAAGAAUUUGGCAAAAAGGUUUUUCCCCCAAACUUUACCUUUUAAAAGCUCAUUUUCUAUCUUUCCAUCAUCUUGGAACCAUGAAUUAUAUCUGUACACAUAUACUAACAUGUUGAAAGCCUGUUAUUCUGUAUAUUCCAUGUAAUUUGCAUAUUUCAAUUUGUAUUCCUAUAAAUGUUAUUUGGAAACCGCAAAUUAAGUUUUCACUCCAUUAGUCUUGAUAUAUAGAACAUGUACAGUAUGUAUAUGUGUAUUCAUGUAAUUUGUGAAUGUGUACAUCCCAAGAUUUUCCAUGAUCAUUAUCCCAAAGGAAAAACACUACCUGUGAUGUUUCCAUGAAAGAAAAUUCCUUAUCUUUGUGUGUACUAUCGGCUACAGAUUCUCUUAUUGUCUAUUUUAUUCUAGGCUUUGAGUGUUUCCGUCACCUUUUGUGAAAAUCUACUACAAAUGGUUUAUAAAUGGUAUGGAUGUUGGUUUAAUUAUGAUAAUUAUAAUUUGCAGUCAGUGGGUGAUAUUCCUCUGAUCAGUUGAUUGUCGCUUGUCCCUCCCUCCUAUAUGCUCUGUUAUUUCUUAAUGCAGGAAAACACCAUGAAGAAUUCCCCACACUAUUUUUUGUCAUCCCUAAUUAUAUUAUUUUUGGGAGAUAGUUUUCAAAAAAUAUCAUGAGCCACAUUUUGUGUCAUAGGAAGGUAUUGAAUGUCUGUUCUUUUUCUUUGAUAUUGGGUUGGAAAUGUGCUAUAUCUUGAAGGUAUGUGGUUUUAUUAAAAUGCUUGGUUAGCCUCUAUAUAGGGCAUAUUUGAAUUAUAGCACUUUCUGAGAUUGAAUGCCUUUGUGAGUUUUCUCAUGAACAUUUGUAUUGUUAAAGAACCUUUAUUAUAAAUGGUAUGUGCCUGUAGAUGUCAUAUUUAGCUCUUUAGAGAAAAUGUUAACAUGUAUAUACAAUGCUAAAAGUUUCUAUUUUUACAGGUACAGUUUUUACAGUGUUUUUACUAUCAGUGUCAUUUUUGCUUUACUUGCACAAAACUUCUGUGUCUCUCCCUUAAGGGUAUUAAGUUAAUGGAAGUUUUUUUUUUUUUUUUUACUUUGCCAUUGUCUACAAUUGUGAACACAACAUUCCUUGGGAUGUACAAUAUUUAAGACAAAACAGUUUUGCUGUUUGUAAUGGCAUAUUCUUUAAAUUUCACAUCUUGCACCACCUUAUUUUUUAAGUCAAUUUUCAUGUUUGUGACUAAACACAUUUGCAGUCCUUCAGUCCGUUGAAUGACCAGCUUCAUACUUUCCAUGUGCUGCAUUGAUGUAUGUAUUGAAUGUAGUACAGAAGCUAUUUUCUGGCAAUAUUCUUACUGAUAUUUCACUUAAAACAUAUUGCCACAUUUUACCAUUAUCAUUGUCAUUGCAUCUCUGCUUAUUUAAGGAUUUUGCAUUAUAUUCUUGAAAUAUAUAUUCAGCGCAUAUCUUCCCAGAGCAAAUGGGUUUAUGAAUUGCAAUAGUGUAUUUGCAUUUCCAUGACCUGAUUGGUUUGUAUAGUAGUUAUUGUACCCUAAUCUAAAAUUGUCUGCAUUCCAAAACACAAAGUGAAAUAUGCCAUUAAUAUUAACAUUUUACUCCAAAAGUGAAAAUAUUUAUCAUAAAUUGUAACUAUAUCAACUUUAAGGUCAGAGCGGUUCACAUUUAUGAAAAUCCAGUUUCAUUUCAUUUUGUAGAGGAUGAUGGCUUCUGGAAUUUGUAAUCCUUUGGUGAGAGACACAGACCUUUAGCAAUUCAUGUCAACUUUCAAUAUAAGCUUCAGUGGUACAAGAGAACCAUAUUGAAUGUGUAUGUUAGAAACACUCCUGCAAUAUUUUGGUAUUGGAUCAAGCUGCUAAUGUAUUUUUCAGAAAGCUCCUUAUGGUGCUACAGACCUCUUUUUUUCUUGUUCAUUUUAGGGGGCCAAGCACCACAGGUGCAUUGGCACCCUAUUGUUUUUGUUUGUUUUGUGUGUGUAUUUUUUUUUGUUUGUUUGUUUGUUAUGUUUUUACAAAAUAUCAAUUUAAGCUGAAUGGACAGAGAUUGUGCUUAGUCGUAUCAUAUAUUUUUGUACUGUGACUUGUGUGGUCUUUUAUGGACUUAUCUGUAAUAUCACAAGAUGAUCUGGUGCACUUGAGACAGUGUCUGUACCUAUAGAUACCCGCUGUCAGAAACGUGGGGACGAUUAAUUGAAUUCUCCAUAAAGUGCAGUUUUCAGGAGGGAAUGAGAUGGGGCUACUUUGGUUGAAUGCCUUCAGCAUGACUGAAAUGGAAACAGUUGAAGUUGGUGAAACAGCUCUCCACUGUUGGAAAUUAUUGUGAGUUACAGAGCAAUGGAUUUGUUCAGAGGGAAACUGCAUUCCAGCUGUGUCAUCGUUUGUUCCUUUCAUCACAUUUCAGUAAUGCCAUCCUGUGAUUGUUGGACUCAUGUUGCUAAUCAUGUAUAUUUUACUUAAAUGUAUUUUACAAACUACUGUUGUAUUUGUAUAAAUAUAGACAAAAUAAUUCAUAUAUCCGUGUAUAAGCUGUGUAAAAUAGAAAUGCUGCAGCUUUCAUCAACUUCCUAACAUUUACAUCAUCCAAAGAGACAGAUUAUUUAUUGUCUGGCAAAUAACAUGAUUUUUUGUUUGUUUGUUUUUUUCCCCCAUACUACUUUGCUGCUAUUAAACAAUAGAGCUGCAGUUUACAGCCUACAGUGUUAUUACUGUGUAAACAGUAUAUGAAAAGUUCAAUAAACAUACAAGAAGGACUCAGUUCAUGUGAUGACAAA